UCUCUCUCUCUCUCUCUCUCUCUCUCUCACUCUCUCUCACCUCUCUCUCUCGCCAUCCAACUAGAGCUCUGUCUCUUCCUGGCAUGGAGGGAGAGGAGGGAAGAAAGUAAAGAAAGAGAGAUUGGGAACUAGAGAAUGACAUAAGAACACGAGUACGACAUGGUCAGCAUCACCUUGUCAGCUUGUGCGCCUUCGUUCAACAGAAUCACCACAAAGGACUCAAAAGGGCAUUAUGUUAAUUUUGUUAUUCCUUGACCAAUUUUUGACUUCAUCUCUUGGUCUUUUGGAUUUAUGAUAUUACAUAUUUUUUUAAACAUUACUGGAGUUCCCAAUUUAUUUAAGGAGGACGGAAAGUAGAUGUGCCAUGUGCUACCUUACCUAUGGUACUGUAGGGUCCUGUGGGUAAACAACUGUUCUGACAGAGCACGCUGGUUCUCAUGCUGCGUAGGUUUGAAAACCGUCCAAUCUUUAUGCACCUGGGACAAUGUGGAUUGUAUGGACAGUUUGAUUCAUAUCCGAAAAGACAGACAGACAGACUGGGGGACUAAUCAACAGCGUCGGCCGAAGGUGACUCAUUCAAAGACAACGGACUUGGCUAUUCUUCAGGAUGUACUAUUGGGAAAAAGUCUAGACUACUUAACUUAAAACCAGACCAACUAGUCUGCUGUGGAGCUCCAAGAAGAUCCAGAGACGCCUCGGUCAGACCACUAGUAAACACUGGCACAUGAUUAUUGAUGUUAGCAUCGUCUGCCCAGCCACUGUAGAUUGGACACAGCCUCUUGAGUGGGGCCAUGAAUGCAAGAUCACACUCACACGCUCUCUCCUUUUUUUCCUUCUCUCUCUCUCUCACACACACACAAACUCACACACACACACUCGCUCUCACACACACACUCACUCUCACACAUGCAACAGCCCUCAGAAUGAGAGGUGACAAUAAGACUGGACUGAGCCAAACCCGAGGCCAUCAGCCUUAGCUUCAACACCACCCACUGACACCUGACCCCUGAAAACCCAGGACCCAGACAGCCCAUCACAGACAUCUCUGGACUGAUUAAUAACAGCAGUACACAACCCGUCGUUCAGGAGGACCAGGGGACUAACAGCAUAAUAAGGAGAUAUUAUCUGGAGUAGCCGCAGAGGACCGGGGCUGAGAGAGGUCUGUGGAGGUCUAUAGGCGUCUAGCAGCAGCAGCUAGUGGCCGAGACACUAUGCUGGGUGAGAGAGACAGAACAGCGGAAGGGGUGAGGGGUGCAGUGGUGGGGUGCCUUCCCACAGGUACCAUGAUGGAGAAACUGAACCCCACCUCUGCCUCCCCCCACUCUGACCCCCUGUCGGAGUCUGAACAACUGAGCCCUCAGCAGACCCCCUCACCGGCUUCACUUGACGCUAGCAGCCCACCACCGGAUAAUGAAGCAGGGAGUCCGGGAGACAGGUUUGUCCCACCUAGCCCCCCUGCCUCCCCUCCUCCACCUCCAGAGUCCCCUACCAAGUUGCUUGACCACCCUGCCGCCACCAACAUCGCACCUGAACCACCGGUCUCCAUGGAAACAAACAACACCAAGGGAGGAGGUUUCAUUCGCUCCUCUCCGAAAGCCCCCUCCUCCUCUCCGCCUCCCCUCCUCCCAGCCCCAGUGUCUACAUCCACUACCCCUGCCAUCCUCCCCCCAUCCUCCUCCUCCUCUUCUUCCUCCUUUUCCUCUAUUGCCCCCCUCCCUCCCCACAUCCCUGUUAUUAGUCUGGGACACAGUAAACCCCCCCACCCCCUCUCCCUCCCCAGUAACACCCCUCUAACCACCCUGCACCCCAUCCCCAACCACCCCCACCACCAUGACCCUUACCAUCACACCCACCACCACGGGGCCAUCCGCCUCACCCAGCUCACCUCUCUGUCAGGGACCAGACCAGGGGCCCCACCCAUCCCCUCCCAGGGCCCCCUGCUGCCCCACCAGUACCUGCCAUCACACCACUUCUUCAGCAGUUCUCAUCUUGGUCCCUCUGGUAACUAUGGAAUCUUUUCCAGUAGAAGCAUCAAGAGACGGUCCUCCUCACACUAUGAGUUGGAUCUCAGUGAUGCGGGCCCUCCUCAGAAGCUGGCGAGGCGUGUGUUCACCAACAGCCGGGAGCGUUGGCGCCAGCAGAACGUCAACGGGGCCUUCUCAGACCUCCGCAGGCUAAUCCCCACCCACCCUCCGGACAAGAAGCUCUCCAAGAAUGAGAUCCUCCGACUGGCCAUGAAGUACAUCGACUUCCUUGUCACCCUGCUCAACGACCAGUCCCAAGACAAAGCCAGGGGCUCGCCUGAGGAGGAGACCCAGGAUGAGAGGGCCCAAGCGGGGCUGAACAACAAGGAUAUGCACCCACUUUUCCAGGGUGACACUCCCUCUUCAACUAUGGUCUACCACGACAGAGGAGACUCCACAGACUCAUCGAUCAUCGCCUUGGCAACCUCCCCGACCUCCAGUUGCUAUAGCAACACAGACAGUGAGGAGAACCUGGGGGGCGGGGCUAAGAGCUCAAUGGUGGUGCCGCGGGGCAUUCCGGGAAAGGUCAAAGGUCAGAUUCGGACUGCGGUGACACUUGCCAACGACCAGCGGUGACAUGACAUGUGACGUCACAAAGAGGACAAAAUUGAAUACCUGGUAGUAAAUAAUAUCCGACAAACUCACAGAAAGGACAAAAAUGUACAGUGUACUUACUACUCUACCAGCAAUCUAUGAGACUUUUGGAAUCGAUGUAGUUCUUUCAAUGACAUGGUAUAUCUGCAAGGUCAGUUCUGAGUUCUUGUAGCAGUUUGUGGUAGUGUUUAACUGCCCCUCUGUCUGGAUUUUGUGUUCUGCAGUGUGGGACUGAGGCUUUCUGGGUAACGUAAGCUGUUUCAUCCGAACUGAGGCUUCUAUAGGGCUACCUGGGAAAUGUAGGCUUGACUGUUUGUACAUCCAGUCAGCACAGUGUCAGUUGCCCUAAAACCUCUGAAGGAGCCAUGCUGACCUCAUGGCUUUGCUUCCUGAAGUUUGAGACAUCAAAAAACAUCAAUGACGGUAACCUUCAGCCAGUAGUUUAUGUGGCAAUUUUUGAAGUUUCCUAUUUUCUUUCUUUAGUCCGAUGAAGAAGAUGGUCCCACCCUGCCUCCCUUAGAGGACAACAUUGUGACACAGUUGUCCCAAAUGGCACCCUAUUUCCUGUUUAGUGCACUUCUGGUCAAAAGUAGUGCACUAUGUAGGGAAUAGGGUGCCAUACGGGACAUUGACCGUGCUAGCUGACCGAAAUAAAGAGUGUUUUAGUUCUCUCUUCCUUAUUCAACAUCCUCUUAUUGCACUCCAGAAUACAUGCAGCCCUGUUAUCAGCACAAUUUCUCAACCCAUACAAUUGUUUCGCUGCUGUGUCCAGUUUGAGAAACAGACAGUGUAGUCGCUGGCAAAGUAUUGUUGUGUGAAUGGGUGAAGAUGUGUUUUUGUGUUCAGAAAAUCAACCGUGCUUAUUUUAUGGCUGUAAGUUGGUUUGUGAUCCUAUAAAAAGUGUGUUGUGAGAAAGUGCA